GUGUGCCGCUGCAGCAUGUCGUUCCUACAAGAAGCCAUCACAAAGGCAAUCUUAGGCAGCUUGAGUGCGUACAUCGCUCACUUCAAAGAAGAUCAGGUCAAAGUUGGGCUCUGGGCAGGAGACUUGGUCUUAGAAGACGUGGAGCUCAAAUGCUCGGCCUUCAACACAUACGACUCAGCCGUUCACAUUGCCCAUGGUUGCAUCCAGCGCAUCCGCAUUCAAGUGCCAUGGACAUCGUUUUGGAGAAACCCGAUCCAAGUCGACAUUUCCGGCGUUGACUGUGAGCUGCACCUUCGCGGCACUUAUGAUGUUCUAGACGAACUGCAGCAAAAGAAUCUGCUCGUCCAAUGCUUGCUCGCAAACGCGCGCGCGUCCAUCGCCAAGUCGUCCGAGGGGUGGUCCCUCUUUUCAGGUCUCUCUGGGUCCAUUCUCCACCGACUUGUCCGAAACAUUGCCGUUCACCUUGAUGACGUAAACGUGUACCACGCCAUGGCCCAGACCACCGUGGGCGUGACCCUCCAGUCCUUGACCUUUUGCGACGACGUGACCAACACCACCGAUAACGUCACCAAAACCACUGCGAAAGUCCUCGACAUAACAGACUUGGGUAUGUAUGCCACCGUGGGCGACGCAUCGCUGGAGCUUCUGGCGCCCUUCCAGCUCCACGUACGACUCACACAGGAAGAGGCCACGGAUGACUCGAUGCAGUGUGCACUCACUGCGCGAGCAACUUUUAUUGACAUGCGCAUCCCACUCGCCCUGGCCCCAUACUUAGAGAAAAUGUCGCAAACUUGUGCUAUGUUUGCCAGUGGUCGCAAGUUGAAGUGCCUUCGAUGGCUGGCUCUGUAUGGACGCACCCCCCGCAAUCCGUGGCGAUAUGCCAAGCAGGCCCUCUUCCAUAGCUCCGACGCUUCGGCAUCGUCGGUCGUGAAAGGUUGCUACACGACACUGUACACAAAAUGGCUGGACUCGUCUCAGUCGUCUGUCGCGUUUAUGCACCAGCUUAACUGGCUCGAAUUGCAGCUCGGGGUCCAAGACAUUUUGGAGGCCCAAGUUGAAGCCACAGGGCUCGCCACCUCUACCAAAGGCAAGGGUCGACCCGUUCGGAUGAUAACGUCACCAAAACAGUCCCACCAACCCUUCGUGCUGCGAUGGGGCACAUUGAAUGGCACUUGGGAUGUCGCGGGCAUGACGUUGGCAGUGGCCACAUGUCCGUUCGAUGGAUCCAUUGCGUUACAGCAACUGCAUGGUCAAUUUCUCGUCGACUCGAGCAAUGAAUUGGUCCACCACCGUGUUGAAAUCGACUCGAUCGACGUGACGUGGCAGCGCGACAGCACGUGUGUGUUUCGUCUCCACCAACCCCAACCCCUCACAGACGGUGACAACAAUAUGACACCAACCACGGGGAUAUCAGUGCAAUGGCGUCGAGGUUGUAGUGAGGACUGUUCCACAGACGAAACAUCGGCAAUGGAUAUUGCAUUAAGCUCGGUUCAUAUCGAGUGCAAUGUGGUACUGCCAUGGGCCGAGCUGUGGCCUCAGCCCCACCACAACUUCAUCUUGCUCAUUUCCUCUGCAUGCAAAGUCCGCAGCACCAAUACCCAGUUAUCCAAUCGGUUGGUCUCGUGCAGCAUACAAAAUACAACGAUGCAGUUGCAACUGGACGACACAUGGGCCAUCAUCGCCACGUCCACCGAUUUGUACGUGAAACUGCAUCCCCACCAUCUGUACCAACUCCGCACGUCCUCGUUCGCACUGGCGACCACACAAAACCAAACGACCCAUCACAUGCCGAUUGCUGGAGUCGAGGCAUUUGCCCUAUGUGCGACAGACGCCGCCGAGUCCAAGAGCAUGCAGGUCGACGUUGCUUCGAUCAAACUUCACGUGUCUCUGCAACUGAUUCACGUGGCGUUGCGCUUUGCUGCGUUCGUCCUGUCGGUUCCUGCCGUGUCUCCAGAAUCUGUUUCACCACGUCUGUCAUCAUGGGGUGACGGGUGCAUCGUCGCCGCGACCAUGCGAUGCUCCCUUGUGGAAGUGUGGAUCUUGCCCCCCACCGAAAAAAUUUCUGGAGUCGUUGCUGGAGUUGCCAGCAACAACCCCCCCACCGCCUUCGCCCUUGCCACGCUGAAUCAAGCGACUAUGGAAGGCCUAUGGCAACACCAGGCAGUACAGCAUGCACGGGCGGCCGUUUCCCAAGUGUUUUUGUCCAUCGACCAAACCACAGUCGUGCAGAUUGCCCCUACCCCCACCACCCCCCAGGGGGUAACCCUACUUCUUCGACAGAGCGCAAGUCUAGACAGUGCGUUUUCGGUACACACGAUCUGCGGGGUAUUGGAUAUCGUAUACCCCCCCGAAGCGCUUUGCCAGGGAAUCACACACGCCAAAACGUACGUCGACUUGCUAAGGCGAAAUACGUCUUCUCUGCCAUUUACUUCGAUAUCCAACCGCACUCCAUCGGAAGGAACGCCGCAACUGCAAGCGCCGCAUCCCCCCACCACAGCCCCACCAUCCCUGCCGUGGAGGUUGACCCUGGAUUGGCAAAUGGAUCUCGUAACCGUCUUGUUGUGCCAACAUAAGAAGCCGUUUGUAAAAUACCACUUUUACAACAUGGCAGUUCAAGCAAAGAUGCUACAGGCGUCUACUUCUCCAUGUUUGUCGUCGUCUACAUUUGUGGAUUUGACGGUGUAUCGCAUGUACCUGCAAGACCUGACCGACACCGGGGUCGCUUUGCAUCGCGACGUGGUCGUGCCCACGCAGUGCACUUGUUGCCGUCGCGACACAAGCACGUCAGACUUGUCAACAGGAUGCCACGUCAUUUCGUUUACCAACCAUCCAAAGAACCAAACUGGAAACGACAUAUCAAAGCAGCAGCCAACAUGGACCCUCCACGGGCUGCAGGUCACGUGUUUGUGGCGACUGUACAUUGAACUUUGGAACUACAUGUACCAUCCGAGUGGCGGCGUGGAGCUGGUAACGACGCACUACCGCCGUACGUUUUCACGAACGUACGACAACGUUGAACGAUCGUCUAUUCGUGUUGUGUUUGAUCACGUGGCGUUCUGUUUCCCGCGCAACGGGACAUCCAUUGAUAUGCUGGCCAUGGUCAUGAACGAAUGUGUGUUUACCAAGUCAUUUGGGACGGACACGUGGACGUACGACCAAGCCAUGGGUACUACUACUGAAGCAACUUUGUCUGUGGAUAACAUCGACCAACCAUUACCCACCGACGGCGACCGCCAGAAAAACUGCUUGGCAAUGACACAAGUGAGUCUCUAUUGCGCCGACACGGAGAGCGUGGUCCAACGGCACUGGUCGUUCCGCCGCGGCACCCACUCCCCCGAGGUCCCCCCUCACUCCCCCCCAACGAAUAUGGAGUCGCUACUACCCCCCCUACCGCCCCCUUUGGCCUCAAUAAUCGAAGGGGGACCCAUGUAUUUAGACCCCAACAUAGCGUGGAAACGAGUCACUGUCGCGCCAUUCGACUUUACGUUUGUUCGAGACUUUGGCUUGGACGAAUGUUCCAUCAUGCAAACGCGCGAUUUGUUUGUGAUCCAGCCAUCGUUGAGGUUGAAUCUCGAGCUCACGGAACUGAGCAUCCUCCUCAGCUUGUGGUACGAUAACAUGGGCGAGUACCCCCAAUUCCCCUCGCCAUUCGAACCACCGACCAACUACUGCGACGCGUACACGGCCGGCCCUCACCCCCACUUUGCCCCGUUCACGUCGCCGUCACAGGUACCGGCCGAUCUGUUAACCAGUCCACACUGGGAAGUUGGGUUCGUCCUGCAUGCUAUGGAGAUCCGGCUGCCACUCCACGACCACGAAUUCCUGGCGAUGCAAUUGCGACCAGUUGUUGUCAAGGUGUACGGGUGCGUGGAUAGCACGUUCAUGCGAUGCGCGGUGGUGACCGAUCGGGCUUCGCUGGUCAAGAGGGGAGCCCCCGGCGUCCCCCCCGCCGUGCUGGCGGACCUUGGACCGGGCGAUCGACGCCCAUUCGUCCACGACAAUAUCAACGUAUUCGAUCCGUUCGACAGGGGGGUGAAGACGCCGGCGUUUGGGAUGCAGUUCAGCAUGGUGCGGUUUCCCUAUGGGUACACCAUGAUGGGCCUGAGGUUGGACCAGUUGACGGUGGGGCUGUUCAGUGACCCCGAUGUACUGGCAUUCGUUGUCGAGUUCUUUUCAACAUACUUUUACGACUCGGAGUAUGGAUACCCUUGGCCCCUCCCUGACGCCAUCGCGCCCCACGUCGGAGUGUCAGGUGAGUAUGGGCUGGUCGAUGGUGUCGACGACGACGACGACGCGGGCGUAGCCAAGGAAAUGCUGCUUCUCGAGCUAGUGUACUCCGAGGUGAUUGUGGUCCACACACCUUGCCUCGUGCUGACCGCCAACGACCGCGUGUUUCAAAUCCAGUCCGCGGGCAGCUCAGCGGGGUUCGGGUGGCAACUCUUUUACGAGUGGACUGCCACGGACGCGUCGUUAUGGGUGCAUUUGCCAGGCGUGGAAGCGCACUUUAUCGACUCAAAUAAAACAACAACAGCCCCCUCGUUGCUGUCGACCUCGAAACCCGCGACGACGGGCACGCCAAGGACAGUGCUCACACCCGUGACCAUCGACUCGACGUAUGCGUUUAACAUGCUGACGUGGCAGCAGUCCAGCACAUUCAACGUUACCCGGUAUGACGUGGCGUUCCCACACGAAGACGACUUGACGGUGUUUGUAUACUGCGUCCCGAGCGACAUUGCGUUCUUUGCGGCGCUAGUGGCGGCGUACGAGACGAGCUUGGGCGACUCGUCACCGUCCGCCCCCGCCCCUCCCGCGUCCACCCCGGAUGGAAGCCCAGACGACAUCGAAAUCGACGGUGAGCAAGUGGGGGACGACGAAGACGAGACGGCUGGUGCGUCCUGUCAGGAGGCGUGGACAAGCUGGAGUGUGCACUUGCCUCGCAAAGUGGGCAUCGUGUUACUGGACGACAUGCUGCUCUUUCAGAAACCAGUGUUGCAACUUGUAUUGUGCGAGGUGGGUCUGCAUGUCCUGCAAUGCCACGACGACGUCGAUACCCUAAAAGACGGCGAUUCGUAUCAUCAUGCCAACGACCCGCAAACUCACGAAGGAGACAUCGACAACGAUCCAAGUUCUCUCGCGAUCGCGUCGACCUUGGCAGUGUUUGCCAAACUCUCGUCGUCCGCCCAAGUCGACGUGUUCAACAACAUCGUGAGGGCGUGGGAGCCCCUCGUGGAACCGUUUCACGUCAAAGUUCUGUUUGAACACAACGGCAGUCGCAUCGGGGUGUCUAUCACAACCCCUGACUCGGUGCAAAUCAACAUCACAGAAUCCUUUGUGAAUGCCGUGCUGGAAUCUUGGGGGCCCCAACCGAGGGCUAGUGUCGGACUGGUCAACUGGACGGGCAAAUCCGUACGGUACUUUCAGCCUCAGCCUCUCCCCCAUCCUUAUGACCUCCCCCUUCCCGCGUCGGCCGAUCCAGCAGAUGGAGCCCCCACCCCCCACCGCCCCCUCAUGGUCACGUACGUGAGGCAUCCUCCUCUCAAUCCCGCGCGGGGGGGCUCAAAAGCCGAUGGAACCCCCACUGCCCUCGCGUGUCCCCCCAUUCUAAGCGUCCUCGUCGGCCGCCACAAAGUUGAGACGACAGUGCUCAACCAAAACGACCUGGACGUGCUCUUUGCGUCUGUCCACCAGCAUUCCCACCACACGGACGCGUUCCGCCUCGCGUUGUGUGGAGACGCGACAGCCGAAUUAACAUACGACAUGUCUGUCCAGCUGUUUGGGUUUCAAUGGCUCCACCACUUGGAUUUGAACCAAAGCGGGUACUUCUUUUUUGACUUGGUGCCGGAAAUUCCACACGUCACCAUGACCUCACCGCCUCUGGCGCUGUCGUCGUCGCCUCGGGGCGGCCAGCGAGCACUUCCAAGCGACGCUGCACGCACUCCUAUGAACGAAAGUUCUGCUGCGGUCCCCCUCUCCCAUUUGCUGGAGCCCACAGCUGCCGUUCGCGCUGCGCUUCGCUGCUUGGUUCAUGUGGACAAGACGCGUUGGGGACACUGUGUCACGCUGCAAAGCCUGUUUCAAGUCAAAAACCUCACGUCGUUCGCCCUCUCAAUUGCCCUGCAUGCCACGCCCAAGCUACGCCAAGACGCCAAAGCCCCCUCCAAUGCCUCCAGUGCGACGAUUCAGCUCCCCCCCGGAGAGAUUCAUCAUGUACCCCUGCAGCCGUUGUAUGAACAUGCUGCCAAGUCCCGCGGUAAACACGUCGGAUUUCUGAACGUGUCGCUGCCGUCGUCGACUUCCAUGGAUGGAAUCCACCUCUUGGACUUGAUACGCCCCGCGAGCUCGGACGCCCACCGCAACUUUAUACAUACCUGCCAGCCCAACACGUAUUUGUGUGUGCAAGUCACGUCGAGCUUUGGCCAUGCCACGAAGAAAGGGCGCUGGAGCCGGCUGUUUCGCCCGACAUUUUCGAGUCCCCACAUUGACGACGUGAAACAAGGACCUGCCUUAUUAGACGCGUCGCAGCUGACGACUCUGACGCUGCACCCGCCCUUGACGCUGCAGAAUCUGCUCUGUGUCAACAUUGUGUGCUGUGUGUUUCGCCAUCUGUCGGGGGUUCGCGACGUGGUAUGGGAAGGCACGAUCAAAGCCGGUGGCCUCGCUUCGAUCUAUGCGUCCAACUUGGCCGACAACUUGUAUUGCAGCGUCUUAUUGCCAGCACUGCAGUGUGAAACAGUCAAACCAGCUCUGCUGCACGUGCCGUCGGGGAGCAAAAUCAAGGUGGACAGUGUGAUUGCGUUUGCAGAUAAAACCAACAACACACAGCCAUUGAAACUCAAAGUCGAAAACUCGGUCGGUUGUGGGGGCCAGCGUGGCGUGGUGCUGUACGCCGCCUAUUGGCUCGUGAAUUUGACUCCGUUUGCACUUCAGUACAAGCAGGACACGCGCCAUUUCGAAGUCGCCGGCAGCGCCGCCGCCCUAGCUCGACGACACGCAAUCGACGACGACGACCACAACAAACAAAAGUCCAUGUGGAUGGCCCUCGCGGCCGAGUUGGAGCUCCAGGCGUACCUGCAGCCGCCUACAGCCGACAAAGAGAAGCCCCCUCCGAGUGCCACGUCACCGUUUUGCAUGGACGGUCGGUGCUCGUUUGCAACCGAUAGCCACGACGUGUGCUACUGCGCGGCGCCGACGUGCGCGGCGAGACGGCUGGGUCGCUUCGCCACAAUGUUUUCGUUUGGAGGGGGCGGCAACACUGUGGGCUUUGAGGAUACGGUGACCGCUGCUUUUACCAACAGUUUGUGUAUCAAGUGUCCCAAGUAUACUUGGUCCAAAGGCAUGUCGCUCGAAGUGUUGGGCGUGGACCAAGCAGUAGAGCUGAAAAAUCCAUCGCACGUGCUCGACCUCGGCGUGAAGAUCGUCCCUGGACCGGAACAGUUUUAUCGCACUAAAUGCGUCAUCUUCACGCCGCGGUACCUCGUUCUGAACCAGCUACCGACGGCGCUGGCGCUAUACGACGGUUUUCACCGACUCAACACGGUACUACCCCCUCACGACAUGCAGCCUUUCGUGGGCAAUCGGAAGAUCCCGUCCAGGAGGCGGUGCCGCGCGCGAGUCCAAUACUUGUCUACGCAUCGCAUUCACGAAAGCUCGGGCAAGUUUAGUCUCGAUGUAGUAGGACCUACAGAUCUUAGCCUUGUUGCCAACACGACCAAGCCCCCCAGUCCCCCCUCAUCGCCCCCCACUGCGGGAAAAUCAGGAGCUACUGCCCCCGUAGCCACCCCCAAGGUGCCACCGACAAGCUUGAUGGCGGACCACACUAUGGCGCCGUUGAAUCUCGUGCGAGUGCACACCCGGAUGUGUGGGCCAACGUACGUGACGCUCCUGCGACAGGUGACGAGGAUAGAGGACGUCUCGUAUCGCAUUGACAACCAAACGGCAUCGCAUGUGUUGUAUUACCGUCAAGUGGGCGUGGAGAGCCCGACAAACGGGUGGAAGCAGCUUGCGCCGGGCAAGUCCACCGUGUAUGUAUGGGCCGAACCCCUGGCGUUGCACCAGCUGGCAGUGUGUUUGAGACACGAAGAUGCUGCCACGCGCCCUUCGCCCCGCCAUAUUUGGACCACGCGAGCCACCAAACUCAACGCGCUUCUCUUGUCUGCGCGAAAGCAACAACCACACAACGAAACGACAAUGCUACAUUUGGGGGGUGGGUAUGUCCCGACCAAUGCCCAAAGUAGGCAGAAACAUUAUUACUACCAACAAGCCAAGCAGUUUGGGUACGCGUCCGCCCUCGUCUCGGAGCGAAAAGGACUGGGGCUAGACGACGUCGAGUCGAUUCAUUUGGAUGUGAUUGGGCUCCAAAUGGCGCUCAAUCGACCAUCACCAACCACUACGGCGUCCAGCAUUGGAACCAACCUUCAUUCGUUCCCCCCCACAUCUACAGACGCCCCCCCUUCCGAUGUUGUAUCGAAACCGUUUCUUCCAAAACUACCGAAACGUACCACCAGUUGCGCCCGCAUCGACAACGACGGCGUCACGCGGGUCCUCCGCGUGCGAGAUACAACUUCCUUGGACGACGAAAAGCGCACGUUUGUCCAUGAAGAAGCCCGUGUCCAGCGGCUACUGCUGCAACUGCUGGCGCUGCAAAGUGGAGCCGCGUUCGCUACGGUGCACACUUCUAGCCGUCGCGCCCGUCGGGACAUGUCGCCGUCAUGGGAAGAAAGCAGUCCACGGUCGUCGACUGUCCGGGGGGGCGGGGGACAGCAUUGCCGCCGUACUGCCACAGACUGCGUAUCGUUGCGGGCGUUUGCUUCGAGCUUGCAUAACCCUCCCCCGCCAAUGAACACCAUCCCGACGAGUAGCGAUCGAAACACCAGGCACACCAUCAGCAGGUCGCUUCGCACGUCGUCAUGUGUCGUCGAUACCAACAGGUCCAACCCUAGCGCAAAGAGGGGGGGUCCCGUCGGCCCUGACAGCAGUAGCAAUAGCAGCAGGAGCAGGAGCGGGGAAGGUCGAGUGGGUUUGACGCUGUUCCAAUCGAUGGACCAUCCGACGGAAACGACCACGACUAACAACGCAGAGCAGGCCUUAUACGAGCAAAUGGUGUCGUUUAUGACGAGCCCGGUGCUGGAAGACGUCCAGCAGGUGCUCGUGCAAGUCGUGUGCGCGUCCGGGUUGAAAGCCCCGGCGUCCGAGGGCGGGGGGUGGAGCAAUCCGUACGGCAUCGUCACGUUGCUACCAUCUACGACCUCUAGCCCCCCCCACGGACAACCCUCGGCACACACCACAGAGGGCAGGGGUCGGUUUGCCGCGAUGGCAUCGUCCAAGCUGUCGUCGUCCAUGUUGAAACGCAUGGAGCAAAAGACGUACUACAUCGAGCGGACGUUGGACCCGGUGUGGCGAGAUCAAGCGUUUUUGUUUGAAAAGGCGAGCGCCGAGUCGGCCUGUUCCAUUCAAAUUGACAUUCGGUCGCAUUCCCCGCUCGGAAAGCAUGUGUUCCUGGGGCGGGCGGUCGUCGAGGUCGGCGGCGACGACGACGACAACAUCACCAAGCACGUGACGGUCAAGUUGGCAGGCGCCAAGUCGCAUCACGUGGUCACGGGCACGGUGGGAGUGGUGGUGCAGAUGGCCCGCACGCGGACGCAGCUGCUCGAGUACUGGUACCAACGGCUACGCGAACGGAUGCAAGUGUUGAGUGAACAACUCGUGUACAUUCGAUCGCGGCUGCGGCAGAUUGACAAGGAGCGCGCGCUUGAGCAGAAACGAAAGUUGAAUGUGGCGGUGGAGCAUCACCAUGCAAAACAACAAGCAGGCCGAGCCAAGGCCAAGGCGCUUCUCCUUGAGAACAAGGCCAAACUGGUGGCGCAGAAGAACAAACUCAAAGACAAAUGGACCCAGCAACUCCAGCAACUUCAGCACCCUAGUGUGCACAUGAAUGAAAAAUUUGCCCACUUUCGAGACGCAGCAGAAAAGCGGUGGAUGUCCGAAGUGAAAAAGCUGCACAAAGCAAACGUCCGCACGAGUAUUUUGCACGUCAAACGGUUGUUUGCCAAGGAAAGCCACGCGUCGUCUGCUACUGCCACGUCAUCGACUGGGACCGCCACCAAGGACCACGGAGGGUUGUCGUACAAGGCGUCGCUGCACCGCCUCCGCAGUAACCAUGUGAACCACGCGAAACCACCAGUCGCCACGUCGCACGUUGAUCACGUCACCGACAUCAAACGAUGUUACCAUCGCCUUAUUCGAAGUGGGGGGCAUGUGGUUGUGGGGGUGCUGGAAGGGCGUCACUUUGGCGGACUGGGUUUUGAUAAAGUGCACUGUGUCUUAGUGUGCCAAGACACGACAAUCAUUACUCCCAAAGCCAAGGCAGACGACAUAAUUGUGUGGCCAGCGACCACAGCGAUAUCUUCUGCGAUUCCCAAGAUCCCUUUGCGACGGCAUCGUGGCGACUUGCUUAUACAUGUCGUAAGCACCACAAAACGGUCGUCGAGCGGUCGCAUAAUCGGCCAGGUGCGAGUGCCCAUGGAUGUAGCGUUAGACUACUGCGGCAGCCACGGGGGCACCUUCUGCGCUUGGUUUCCCGUCACGCCGCUUGCCGACACGUCCCCUGUCGAGCUCGAUCUGGUCAAGCUGCUGCAACCGGUGGAAAUGAAGCUAGGGUACGCGUCGCCGCCGUCUUCGUCUCCGUGCGUACAAGUGACCAUGACGUACGAGCCGGAGCAGUCGAGUUUUGUGUUGGGCCGUCUGCAAUCGUACGUGAGUGUGUUUGUGGGGGAGCUGGCCGUGUCGCUGUCGGCGCCGGUACCCGUCCUCGACACGUCCUCCCCCCCCAAUCAUUCGAAUAGUGUGGUCGAAGCCCACGAGAUUUUGCGGAUUUCGUGUUCUGGCAUCGAAGUCAAGUGCCUCACGUCGUCCAAGCAAUGUCAGUGGACGAUCGACAUGGACUCGUUCCAAGUCGACAACCAGCGCAACGAAGCACUCAACCAAACGGAACUGCCCGUUAUGGUGUCGCGCACAAUAUCGAGUUGUAGUACGAGUAGUACGCAUGACAUGACCAGUGCAAAGGCGUUGAAACCGGUGCUCCAAGCCGUGGUAGUCACAAGAAGGCUAGAACAAACAACAUCCGACAGCCACGGCCCUGGGUCCCCUGGAGGGCGACGGAUUGGAGAAGCAGCAAGACACAUGACCCACAUUGAACUCGUCGCGCUAUCGAUCGAAGAAACGGACUGGACAUUUGACGAAGUCAUUUUGCGCACCUUGUACGACGUGUGCGAGCGGUUGUAUGAGAAGCACCAGCCGCUUUUUGGAGGAGGGGGGGAGGGUGCCACCUCCACCCCUCUGUCUGUUGCUCCCAGCAGCCCCCCCCUCUCGACCGGCUUUUCCACAACGUCGACUUUCCCCACGUCCUCCGUGUACAUUGCGUGUCUUGAAGUGCGGCCGUUUAAAUGCAACAUUACGUUUCGCAAGUCCACGACGUACGCCCUCAACACAUCAUCCACUUCGUCGUCGUCAUCGUCAUUGGCCAUGCCCAACCUCAAGAGCAAGUUUUUGCAUUCGUUUUUGGCCGCGGUUCUCAACAUCGCUAACACAAUCGAAAACGCCCCCCUUGAAUUUAACGCGUUGCGCCUGGACCACGAAAUCACCGAUUUGCACCACCUCCAAGACCUGGUGUUUCAGCAUUAUUCCACAAACAUCCUUCGCCAAUUGUACAAGCUCAUUGGGUCGAUGAAUUUCAUGGGCAAUCCGGUGGGACUAGCGGCCAACGUUGCGGGGGGGGUCCGCGACUUUGUCGUGCAGCCGUACGCCGGUCUCACGUCAGGGGGGGGCACUGGGUUUGUGAGGGGGCUGACCAAAGGCACGGCCUCCCUACUGGGGCACACGACGUUUGGGUUGUUUGACACGACGUCCCGCAUGACGGGGGCGAUGGGCAACUCGGUCGCGGCGUUCUCAGGGGAUCGAGUGUUCAAGGCCAAACGGAACGUAUACGCGUUGGCUCGGCCCACGAGUCGCCGCGAUCAAUUGCGUUUGGACGUGAAGAAGCUCAAGCACGACGUGUUCUCUGGAAUUGUAGGGGGGCUCACUGGACUUGUGAUGGAUCCGAUCCGGGGGGGGCGGCGGGGGGGAUGGAGGGGGCUUGUGGGGGGAGUUGCCCAGGGCUUCACUGGUGUCGUGGUCAAGCCCGUGGUUGGGGCGAUGGAUUUUGCCACACAUAUGGUCGAAGGCGUUCGGGACGUGGCGGGCCUCGCGUUUGAAACAAAGCAAAAAGCGUUUGACAAGCAUCGCAAGCGCAUGUCCCACGUGUUUGGCGCCGACGGCCGCCUCUUGCCUCACGACGCGGCGGGUAUUUGGAGUACGGCGGUCGUGGGGUAUUUGCAAGGCAUGACGGGUGGCUUGCGGCACCGCCACAGCACCACUGGACCGCGCAAAGUCACAGAUGUCGAGCCCCCCAUGCAAAUUGUAUAUGCGACAGCGUUUAAGACAGCCGUUGGGCAGGUGAGGUUGGUGGUGGUGAGGAAAUGUGAAGUCCUCUGUGCGGAGGUUUCCACCGCGCACUGGCAGCAGCCUCGACUCGUGUGGCGGGUGCUGAGUUGUAACAUAGCGUUCGUGGAGCGCACGACAGCGACCAAGGUGAUUGUGCACUUUCGAGCAAGGAUCGAAGACCACGCCAAGCCGUACCACCCAGCCCCGCACCGCAAACAACAUGGAACCAAGCACCAUCAGCUUUCUAAGCACGACGACGGCGCCGACAACAAGGACGAGCUGGACACGGUGGAGAUUGCCACAACCACAUGGGAAGACGUCCGGCAUUUUGAAAGGGACGAAGCCAAGAUGAACCAAUUGGUGGCGGUGCUUCGACAGCAAUACUCCUUUGUGGAUGCUUGCGAUGACAACGUGAUUGAGGACGUGGCAGACGCUGGGACGCGGGUGGUAGUCCCGCCCAGAGUGCCUGGGACCAGUUUGCUGCAGCAGUUUUCGUUCGAGCGGCUGCACAAAACCCAAGAAACCCUCAAAACGCAGUACUGUAUUAACGACCAGGACGAAUGCGAGCUCGAACAAAGCGCGUGGACUGAUUUGGAUGGUCACGACGCCGCUAUGUUGUGGGCGGGGUGCAUGGAACUAACUAGUUCACCGACGACGAUGGCGGAGCAAACGAAAAAGGCCAAGACACGACCUGUUUCGUUUGUUGCUGGUACUAGUCGGUAGAUAUGCCAAUAAUAACUACUACGUAGUACAUGUAGUUAGUUGUAG